GCAAACGCCUCGAAACAAAAAUAUCAGCGACAACUCACGAACAAAGCAUCGAUGAAGCCGUCGCAGAAGCACGAGGGUCGUAUCCGCCACUGACCUCCGCGCUCUCCGAAACACCUCCCUCCUCCGCAUAGCCCUUCCUUCCUCCAUGGCCUCGGCCACUCUCUCCUUCCUCGCUCUGCCUCAGAGACCCCGCGCCCUGAGCUCCGGAUUCCGGCAUCCGAGCGUAUUCGGGUUGAGUUCGGUCUCGAUCGGGUCGAAUUCCGUCGGAAGGAGGCGUGGAUUUAGGUUUUCUGUUUGCAGAGCCGCCGCGGUCGUGUUCCGCGAUCUCGAUGCCGACGAUUUCAGGCACCCUCUUGAUAAGCAGAAUACACUAAUAUUGAGGGCAAUUCCAGGACUAAACGAUGUUGGGAAGGCUCUACUAGGAACUGUAACAGAGCAAGUUAUGCUUCUUGAGAAUAUUGGGACAUCGGUUCUUGUUUCCCAGAAUCAGCUUUCUGAUCUCCAUCAAUUGAUGAUUGAGGCUGCGCAAAUACUGAAUAUUGAAGCUCCGGAUCUCUAUGUACGUCAAAGUCCUGUACCAAAUGCAUAUACUUUAGCAAUCGGUGGCAAAAAGCCAUUUGUUGUUGUUCAUACCAGCCUUGUGGAGCUUCUAACACGAAAAGAGUUGCAGGCCGUUUUGGCUCAUGAGUUGGGUCAUCUGAAAUGCGACCAUGGUGUAUGGCUCACAUUUGCGAAUAUUCUCACCCUUGGAGCCUAUUCUUUGCCUGGACUUGGUGGAUUAAUAGCUCAAAGGCUAGAAGAACAGUUGUUUAGAUGGCUUCGAGCAGCAGAGCUAACUUGUGAUCGUGCUGCACUUCUCGUUGCCCAAGACCCCAAGGUUGUCAUUUCUGUUCUGAUGAAACUAGCCGGUGGAAUCCCAUCUUUGGCUGAUCAAUUAAAUGUGGAUGCCUUUUUAGAGCAAGCUCGUUCUUAUGAUAAAGCAUCUUCAAGCCCUGCGGGGUGGUAUAUAAGAAAUGCUCAAACAAGGCAACUUUCACAUCCUCUGCCAGUUCUACGUGCCCGCGAGAUUGAUGAAUGGUCCAGAAGUCAGGAUUACCAAAUCCUUCUGAGACGUGCUGCACAGGUCAAUUCAUUGCGGAAAGUAUAGAAGUCUCCGGUGCUACAGAAAAAUUAUCAGGAGUAGCUUAAGCAGAUGGAAGAUGACCGAAGAGAAGGUGUCUAGAGAAGCUCUCAGCUGCCUCGGAAUUCAACGUCGCCGUAGCUUCAAGGGUCAUCUGGAAAACUUAGUGUAGGAAUACACACAAGCCUGCGUAAAAUAUUGUACAAACUGCAGAAUAUGCAGAGGGAUGUAUAAUAUACAGCAGUAAAAGAAUGAACUUCUGUUAAAGAAACCUCGUGGUGCAUUUGGUUGGACACAGGACAUCUCCAAUAGUGCACUGCUUGUACAAAAUCUUCCAAUGGACGCUUGAGGUGUAUACUGAUUAUGGACGUCGGUCAUAAUUUUUACUGGAUGUUCCUCAGUUUAUUCGCAGUAA